CCGCUGCAUGACCGUGGCCGUCGAAAUCGUUAGUCGACAGCGUUAGUCGACAGUCAUCGCGGAGCGGUGGGAACUGCAAGACAUUUAUCAGUAGUAGCUGCUGCAGUGCCGCGAUACGAAUGGUAAUAUUGUUGCCUGAAGGUAUAUUCUGUCAGGCGAACGAGCCUAACCAGUUUUAAUAUCGAACCGCUUCAGUGCUUGCGAAAUGGAAGAGAUAUCGCCCUAUAUAGCGGCAACUCCGUCGCCGGCUAGUCCUGCCGCGGUGACGAAAAUGAGACGAGAGAGAUUGGUACGUUUGUAUUCUGCGACGGAAGGUGAUCCGAUGGCGGUUGUGCCCGUCCUUGGCAACGAAGGCAUGACCAUCACCGCUGGUAGCCACACGGGAAAGUGCAUUGGUAUUUUUACCAGCGGUGGAGAUUCACAAGGAAUGAAUGCAGCUGUGCGUGCCGUUGUGCGCAUGGGAUCAUACGUGGGAUGCACAAUGUACUUCAUCAAAGAGGGUUAUCAAGGUAUGGUCGAUGGUAACAUCGAGGAAGCUACAUGGAAGAGCGUAUCUGGAAUUAUUCAAAUGGGUGGCACCGUCAUCGGCAGUGCUCGCUGCGAGGCGUUUCGGUCGCGCUCGGGUCGCAUGAAGGCCACGUGCAACCUCGUGCAGCAUGGCAUCACUGACCUCGUCGUCAUCGGCGGCGACGGCAGCCUCACCGGCGCGGACGUCUUCCGGGAGGAGUGGCCCAGUCUGCUGGAGGACCUGUUCGAAGAAGGUAAAUUGACGCAGGAGCAGUAUGCAAGCAGCAGCAGACUGAACAUCGUCGGUCUCGUGGGGUCAAUCGACAAUGACUUCUGCGGUACGGACAUGACGAUCGGGGCGGACUCCGCCCUGCAUCGCAUCAUGGAGGCAGUCGAUGCCAUCACCACCACUGCGCAGAGUCAUCAGCGCACCUUCGUGAUGGAGCUGAUGGGAAGACACUGCGGCUACCUUGGCCUCGUUACCGGUCUCGCCUCAGAAGCUGACUUCAUCUUCAUCCCGGAGUGGCCGGCCAAGGUCAACUGGCCGGAGAAGAUGUGCGGACGACUGAGGCGGUCACGAGAGAUGGGCCAGAGGCUUAACAUUAUACUUGUAACCGAAGGUGCUAUUGACGUGAAUGGUAAUCCCAUAUCAGCAAAAGACAUUCAAAGGGUGAUUGAGGAGGAACUCAACCAGGAUGUAAGAAUCACUGUGUUAGGUCACGUGCAGCGCGGAGGCAAGGCAUCCGCAUACGAUCGCAUAUUGCACGUGGGAACGCGCAUGGGCGCGGAGGCAGUGCUAGCGCUGAUGGACUCGGGAGCGGACAUGCCGGCCAGCGUGAUCGGUCUGUCUGGGAACCAGAUCGUAAGAGUGCCGCUUGUGGAGUGCGUGGCCAAGACAAAGGCUGUGCAGAAAGCUAUGGAUCAUAAGAAGUUUGAGCUAGCCCAGCAGCUGAGAGGAAGGAGUUUCCUUAACAACCUCGCAGCUUACAAAAAACUGAGCAAACUUCAUCCUCCCGCUACCUCGUGCGACCCAACGGGUACAACCUGUGUUAUGCCACAGAGGCUGGCCGUGAUGUGCGUAGGAGCGCCGGCGGGAGGUAUGAACCCUACCAUAAGAGCGUUUGCACGACUCGCGAUGUUCCAGGGCUACUCUGUCAUGGGAAUUUACGGCGGCUGCACGGGAGCCGCUAAAGGAGAGAUUAAACCGAUAAAAUGGAAUGAGCUUAUUGGUUGGUCCCGAGAUGGAGGAACAUACCUUGGAACAAAUAAGGAAACCACCACCGGCCUGCUGCCGAACAUCGCCGCGCAAUUCCGCCGCCAUCGCAUCAGCGGCCUCGUGGUGGUGGGCGGCUUCGAGGCGUACGAGGCGACGCAGGAGCUGGCGACGGCGCGAGCAAAUCAUCCGGAGUUUUGCAUCCCCAUGACGAUCAUCCCAUGUACGAUCAGCAACAAUGUUCCCGGGACGGAGUUCAGCCUUGGCGCUGACACGGCCCUCAACGAGAUCGCUGAGAUGUGCGAUCGGAUCAAACAGUCGGCACUAGGAACCCGAAAACGAGUCUUCAUCGUCGAAACGAUGGGUGGAUACUGUGGUUAUCUGGCUACUCUGAGUGCUCUGGCUGGUGGUGCUGAUGCGGCAUACAUCUUUGAGGAGCCGUUUAACAUUGAAGAUUUGCAGAACGACGUUCAACACUUGGCUAGUAAGAUUGACCGGGGUGUACAGCGUGGCCUAAUCCUGCGUAAUGAGAACGCUAAUGCAAACUACACCACAAAUUUCAUCCACCAGCUAUUUAGCGAAGAAGGCAAGGAGUGCUUCACCACGAGAAAGAAUGUGCUUGGACACAUGCAGCAGGGAGGUAGACCGAGUCCUUUUGAUAGAAAUAUGGGGAUGAAGAUGGGCAGUAAAGCUCUUGACUGGAUGAUAUUACAGAUGCAGAACAGCGCACAGCCAGAUGGGACGGUUUUCACGAACAGAAAGGAGUCUGCGACACUGCAGGGUCUGAAGAAGAGACACACGUACUUCACCCCGUUACAAGACCUGGUCAAGGACACCGACUACGAGCAUAGAAUGUCCUAUGAGAAAUGGUGGAUGAAGCUUCGCCCUCUACUACGGAUAAUGGCUCAGCACAAAGCUGCGUACGAGAUAUCUAGCGUGCAGAUGCUCCGGAUUGACAGCAGCAGUGAUGUAGACCAGGCACCUGACACUGAAUAAGACAGCAGCAGUGAUGUAUAACAUACGCAGACACCAACUAACACAGCAGCAGUGAUGUAUAACAUACGCAGACACCAACUAACACAGCAGCAGUGAUGUAUAACAUACGCAGGCACCAACUAACACAGCAGCAGUGAUGUAUAACAUACGCAGACACUAAGUAACACAGCAGCAGUGAUGUAUAACAUAUGCAGACACUAAGUAACACAGCAGCAUUGAUGUAUAACAUAUGCAGA